AUGUCAUACUCGAUCCAGCUGUCACAACUGGAACCGCUGCCUCGACUGCCCAACUUAAGGUUCGGCAAGACAAUAGGUCAUGGCUCUUUUGGAAUAGUAAAAUCCGCCUCGGUGUCGGGCUCCAUAGUCGCAGUUAAGCUGGUAAACAGGCGAAUGGCUCUCAAGCAAGGCGUAACAGCAGAGACGUUUGGUAGAGAAGCCAUUAUCCAGCAAAAGUGCUCGAAACACCCAAACGUGGCCAAAUACGUGGACUGCGGCUACGAUGAUAGUUGGUUCUGGCUGGCGAUGGAGUUCGGAGCCAACGGUGAUCUUUUUGACAAGAUUGAGCCAGACAAGGGUGUUGAUGAAGAGAUAGCCCACUUCUAUUUCAAACAGCUGGUCAGUGCCACCAACUACAUUCAUUCUAUCGGAGUGGCACAUAGGGAUAUCAAGCCUGAAAAUAUUUUAUUGGACAAGCGCGGAAACCUCAAAUUGACAGAUUUCGGAUUGGCUACGGUAUACAAGUCUUCCAAAGGAGCUCGUCGAAUGGCCAAUACACCGUGUGGUUCUCCGCCUUAUUUAGCCCCAGAGGUUGCUGAGGGAUUAGGAUAUGAUCCUGAGAAAAGUGACGUUUGGUCCAUUGGAAUUGUGCUGUUUGUGCUUUUGUCUGGACAGACACCCUGGGAGAUGGCUCACGAGACAGACCCCGACUUCCGCGAUUAUCUAGAUUCGAAAGGAACCCCUUUAACACCUCCAUGGAACUCGUUUGGGAUCGGAGUAACGUCGCUUCUGAGAUCAGUUUUGAAAAGAGGAGCAGACCAGCGAUUGGCAGUGGAUGCUAUUCUCAAACAUCAUUGGACGGCCAAGAAGAACUUCUUCGAGAAUCCCGAAAACGGCCAGUGCAAAGACCCGUACACGCUGACAGCUACUCUUCUGGGCAACCUACGCGUGAGUCUUUCUGAUGAUGAGUUUAACCAUAUCACCAAGAGUACUCAACACAGCUUUACCAGUCAUAUGGCUAAGUCGCAGCCAGAUGUGGUGGUGGUCGACGACGAAGAAGAUGGCGCAGACGGGUUCCAUGCAGUCAGUGCUACUCAGCGUGAAUACACAGAACACGACCGGAAGCGGCUUCGACUCAAGCUCCACGAAGAAGAUAAGGCAAUGGCGUACGCGGUUCGCGAUCCAGCCGUUCUUCAGUUCCGUGAUGGAGGAAAGCUGGAAACCAGACAGAAGAUCGAGGAAAUGCUCAAGGGUCCUAACAAAAUGCUUGUACAGAGUCUCACACACUUUCUGUCUCUUUUACCUCUUGGAUCACUGCUCAAACUCAUUGUUGACUCACUUAAUAAGCUGGGAUUGCUCUCUGAUAGAGAGGCCGAUGCAGAGGAAUGGAUUGACAAUCACGAUAACUCUGAUGUUGCGAUUAAUAUCCCUGUCAACGGGAAGGACAGAUGUAAUAUGAGAAUGAUUGGGUUCAUCCGUGUAUCGCGGGCGGUUGAAGGGUCUGAUCUUCGGAAAGUUGAGUUCUGCAAGGUGAGGGCCGAUCCGCUUGAAUGGCGAAGGUUCUUCAAGCUGGUGAGCUUGAUGUGCCGUGAUGGUAUUUAUACCGGUGAAAAAAGCCAGAGCCAAGACGGUUAUGAUUAG